GUCCCUUUCCCGUCCCUUCCCGCCCCUUCCCGUCCCUUCCCGUCCCGCCAUGAUGCCGUGGCCGUUCUCGGAGUCCAUCAAGAAGCGGGCCUGCCGCUACCUGCUGCAGCGCUACCUGGGCCACUUCCUCCAGGAGAAGCUGGGCCUCGACCAGCUCAGCCUCCACCUCUACCAGGGCACCGGCGCCCUCAGCCACGUGCCCCUCGACAAAUGGUGCCUCAAUGAAAUCCUGGAGUCAGUUGAUGCACCCCUAGAAGUCACGGAGGGAUUUAUUCAAUCAAUUUCUCUCUCCGUUCCUUGGGGCUCCUUGCUACAGGAUAACUGCGCCCUGGAAGUGAAAGGAUUGGAGAUGGUCUUCAGGCCUAGACCUCGAGUAGCAGCAUCGGGUUCUGAGCCUAUGUAUUGGUCAAGUUUCAUGACUAGCAGUAUGCAGCUAGCAAAGGAGUGUCUUAGCCACAAACUAACUGACGAACAAGGAGAAAGCUCUCAGCCGUUUGAAGGGCUCGAAAAAUUUGCCGAAACCAUCGAAACAGUUCUAAGAAGAGUCAAAGUUACUUUUAUGGACACUGUUUUGAGAAUUGAACAUGUACCUGAAAACUCUAAAACUGGAACUGCACUAGAAAUCAGAAUAGAAAGAACUAUGUAUUGCGAUGAAGCUGCUGAUGAAUGCUCCGGAAUUAAUGUACAUCAACCUACAGCUUUUGCCCACAAGUUACUUCAGCUCUCUGGAAUCUCUCUCUUCUGGGAUGAGUUUUCGGCCUCAGCAAAGUCUUCCCCAGUGUGCUCAUCUGCCCCAACGGAAACGGAACCAAAGCUCUCUCCUAGCUGGAAUCCAAAAAUUAUUUAUGAGCCACACCCACAGUUAACGAGGAAUUUCCCAGAAGUAGCCCCCUCAGAUCCUGUUCAAAUUGGGAGGCUAAUUGGUCGGAUGGAACUGAGCCUCACGCUAAAGCAAAAUGACAUACUUCCUGGAGCUAAGUUGGAUAUUGAUGGACAGAUGGACUCCAUGCAUCUAUUCCUGUCACCAAGACAGGUACAUCUGCUUUUGGACAUGUUAGCGGCCAUUGCUGGACCAGAGAAUUCCAGCAGGGUAAGGUUGUCCAAUAAAGACAGGAAAAAUCGACCGAUGCAACAGGAGGAUGAAUACCGGAUUCAGAUGGAAUUGAACCGGUAUUUAAGGAAAGACUCUCUCUCUGCUGGUGUGUCAUCUGAACAGAGCUUCUAUGAGACAGAGACGGCUCGAACUCCGUCCAGUCGUGAAGAAGAAGUAUUCUUCUCCAUGGCUGACAUGGACAUGUCACACAGUCUUUCAUCGCUUCCGCCCCUCGGAGACCCACCGACAAUGGAUCUUGAUCUGUCCUUGACCAGUACAUAUACUAAUACACCCGGUGGCUCUCCACUGAGUGGUACUGUGCUUCAGCCGACCUGGGGCGACUUUCUUGAGCAUCAAAAAGAAGAGCAGCCGCUGAGAGGCUCACCAUUCACGCCCAACGUAGUUCACCAAACCUCCUUACGGAAAGCCUCUCUCCCCUCCAGAUCUGUUUCAGUCGACGAAUCCAGGCCUGAGCUUCUAUUCAGACUAGCUGUGGGCACUUUUUCAGUGUCUGUGCUUCACAUAGAUCCUUUACCACCACCGGAAACUUCACUGAACCUUAACCCACUGACGCCAAUGGCACAGCAUUUCUUUACCUGUAUAGAACAGAUUGAUCCAGUUCAGUUUUCGACGGAUGAUUUUAUAUCCUUCCGAGCCGCAUUCGCAGAGGCCUGCUCUCAUGACCACCUAAGAUUUAUAGGUACUGGCGUCAGAGUGUCAUACGAACAAAGACAAAGGUCAGCUUCUCGGUAUUUCAGUACCGAUCUGACUGUUGGGCAGAUGGAACUCUUAGAGUGCUUGUUUCCUACCGACUCUCAUUCCGUUACUCCACAUUACACAGAGCUUCUAACAUUUCAUUCCAAGAAAGGAAGUGAUUCACAUACUCCUUCAUGCCUUCAGCUGCACUAUAAGCAUUCUGAUAAUAGAGGACCUCAGGGCAAUCAAGGGAGACUGAGUUCCGUUCCUCAGAAAGCAGAAUUGCAAAUUAAAUUAAGCCCAUUGUUCUGCGAACUGGACAUCAGUAUCGUGGACAGGUUAAAUUCUUUGCUUCAGCCCCAGAAACUAACAACAGUAGAGAUGAUGGCUUCUCACAUGUAUGCUUCUUACAACAAGCACAUUAGUCUGCACAAGGCUUUUACGGAAGUCUUUCUGGAUGAUUCCCAAACUCCUGCAAACUGUCGGAUUUCAGUACAGGUCACCACACCAGCGUUACAUCUUUCCGUUCGCUUCCCGAUCCCUGAUUUACGGUCGGAUCAGGAAAGAGGACCAUGGUUUAAGAAAUCACUUCAGAAGGAGAUCCUUCACCUCGAAUUCACAGACUUGGAAUUUAAAACUGAGUACAUAGGAGGAUCGACUCCAGAACAAAUUAAAUUCGAGCUUACUUUUCGAGAAUUAGUUGGCUCUUUUCAAGAAGACAAAGAGGAACUCUCAGUUAAGUUUUUCCAGGUGUCAAGUGGAGUUGAUGGAGAUAUGACAUCAUCAGAUAACUUUGACUGGCCACGGAUCGUACUGAAAAUAAACCCGUUAGCCGUGCAUUCCAUUUUGGAGCGAAUAGCAGCUGAAGAAGAGGAGGAGGUCGACGGUCACUUUCAGGAAGAGGAAGAAGGAGGGUCUCAUUCCCUGAAAGAUGUCUGUGAUCUGAAAAAACCCGAACCCUCUCCUUUUUCUUCUCGUAGAGUAAUGUUUGAAAAUGAAGAGAUGGUGAUGCCAGGAGACAUUGUGGAGAUGACAGAAUUUCAGGAUAAAGCAAUGAGUAAUUCACAUUAUGUGCUGGAACUUAUGCUCCCAAAUGUUCAUUUAAUAUUGCCCAACAAAAGCUUUUAUGAGAAGGUUUAUAAUCGGAUCAGCAAUGACUUGCUACUUUGGGAACCAACAGCUCCUUCACCAGUGGAAACACUCGAAAAUAUUUCAUAUGGAAUUGGACUCUCUGUGGCCAGUCAGCUGAUUAAUACCUUCAAUAAAGACAGUUUUAGUCAGUUUAAAUCAACAGUUCACUAUGAUGAUGAGAGUGGAUCAGAGGAAGAGACGUUGCAGUAUUUUUCCACAGUCGAUCCAAACUAUCGUUCUCGGAGAAAGAAAAAACAAGAUUCCCAGAACAAAAAUUCCCAAAGCUUUCUUUCUGUUCUCCUGAACAUUAAUCAUGGUUUGGCAGCAGUAUUUACCGAUGUAACGCAAGAAAGUGGUGAGGUAAUGGAAAACAAGCAUGGCGAAUUUUGGCUGGAGUUCAGCAGUGGUUCAUUAUUUUGCGUGACAAAAUAUGAAGGUUUUGAAGAUAAACACUACAUUUGCCUUCAUUCGAACAGCCUCAGCCUCCAUCACCAAGGUAUAGUGGAUGGAGUUGUCCUCCCUGAGGAAAUACGACUGCCCAGUAUGCCUCGCCCGCAUUGGUUGGAGCCUACUAUCUAUUCUUCUGAAGAAGACGGGCCCAGUAGGACACCUUCUGAUGGUGUUGGAGGAGACUGUUUAAGCAUGCUCUCCGUGGCGGUUAAAAUCCAGUCAGAUAAAUUGGAGAGCAACACAAAGGAAUUUCUUGUUGCAGUGGGACUUAGAGGUGCUACUCUCCAGCACAGAGUGCUUCCUUCUGGGCUCAGCUGGCAUGAACAGAUCUUACAUUUCUUGAAUAUUUCUGAUGAACCUGUUUUGGGAUAUAAUCCUCCAGCUUCCGUUACAACCUUUCACGUUCACUUAUGGAGUUGUGCACUUGAUUAUCGGCCGCUUUACUUGCCAACUAGAGCUCUUCUAAAAGUUGAAACAUUCAGCAUUUCCAGUAAUGUUGCUUUUGAUAAAUCUUCUUCUACUCUCAGAAUUAUCAUGGACGAAGCUGCUUUACAUUUGUCUGACAAAUGUAACACUGUGGCUGUCAACUUGCACAGAGAUUAUGUUCGGGUAAUUGAUAUGGGUCUUUUGGAACUGACUAUAACAGCAGUGAAAUUUGGUUCUGAUGGCAGACAAACAAAGCCUCGCUUUGAACUACACUGUUCAAGUGAUGUUAUCCACAUCAGAACGUGCUCUGAUUCCUGUGCUGCUUUAAUGAAUCUAAUCCAGUAUAUUGCCAGUUAUGGUGACUUGCAGUCACCCAGCCCCACAGAAAUUAAACCUGGAGUGACACAGCGAAAGACUAAGGUACCCAAUGCAAAGUUGUACCCUGCCAAUCGACAGUCUUCACAAGGCCCCGUACUCCCUGAAGCUGAUCAGCAGAUUUUACGGGAUUUGAUGAGUGAUGCUAUGGAGGAAAUCGACACCCAGCAAACUACGUCUCCCAUAAAACCACAGCCAAAUGGGAUUUUGGAUGAAAAAUGUCAAGCUCAAGAGCCAUCUUGCUCAGAUCUCUUCCUGUUUCCAGACGAGAGUGGGAGUGCCUCCCCGGAUCCCAGCCCCACUUACACCUCAUUCACUCACCACAUGAUCAGUGACGCGAUGACUGAUGCGCCCUCGGAAAAUGAUGACUUCUGCAUUCUUUUUGCUCCCAAAGCAGCUGUCCAUGAGAAGGAGGAAGAGCCAGUGGUGAAAAUAUUGGUUGAUGAUGCCAUCCUAAUAAUAGAGAAUUAUUUUAGCCUGCCUGUAAAAAAGACCGAUACGAGCAAAGCCCCUUUACAUUUUCCUAUCCCUAUGAUACGAUAUGUUGUUAAAGAAAUAUCUAUUGUUUGGCAUCUUUAUGGGGGAAAAGAUUUUGGAACUGGGCCUCCUAUUUCUCCCGCUAAAACUUACAACAGUCCUCAUAGUUCUCCUUCUCACACACCCACAAGACACGGGCGGGGUGUGGUCUAUGGAGGCAGAGGAAGGAACCACGAUUUCUUAAUGGAAAUCCAGUUGAGCAAGGUGAAAUUUCAGCACGAAGUAUAUCCCACAAGCAGACCAGAAUGCGAUUCCAGUUUAAUAGAACAACCAGUGUCUCGUCAGGUGUUCAUCGUUCAGGACCUUGAGAUCCGAGAUCGCCUAGCCACGUCACAAAUGAAUAAAUUUCUUUACCUCUACUGUAGUAAGGAGAUGCCUAGAAAAGCUCAUUCAAACAUGUUAACAGUGAAAGCCUUACACGUGCGCCCAGAGUCAGGCAGAUCGCCACAAGAAUGUUGUUUAAGGGUGUCGUUAAUGCCGCUUCGCCUCAAUAUUGACCAGGAUGCCUUGUUUUUCUUGAAAGAUUUUUUCACGAGCCUUGCUACCGAAGUGGAACUUCUAAUGACUCCAGAUCCAGAAGUUAAAAAAUCUCCUGGAGCUGAUGUAACUUGUAGUUUGCCGCGGCAUUUGAGUGCCUCAAAGGAGCCAAAUCCAGUUAUUUCUUUUCCUGGGCCAAAGCAGCCAUGCCAGAAUGGUAGCCCUGAUUCCAUAGACCUAAUCAAUAAGGAGGAGCUCUACCUUACAGUUGAAGAACCAUCAUUUAGUGAUCAACCAGUGUUUUUCAGAGAAUUCAGGUUUACAUCUGAAGUUCCUAUACGGCUUGAUUACCAUGGAAAGCAUCUAUCCAUGGAUCAGGGUACACUAGCUGGGAUUUUGAUUGGACUUGCCCAGUUAAACUGCUCUGAACUAAAACUGAAGAGGCUUUGCUAUCGACACGGGUUGUUAGGUGUAGACAAGUUGUUCUCUUAUGCAAUCACGGAGUGGCUUAAUGACAUUAAGAAAAACCAGCUGCCAGGAAUUCUGGGAGGUGUAGGACCCAUGCAUUCGUUAGUUCAAUUAGUGCAAGGCCUGAAGGACCUGGUGUGGCUACCGAUAGAGCAGUAUCGGAAGGACGGUCGCAUCGUGAGAGGGUUUCAGAGAGGAGCGGCCUCUUUUGGUACCUCAACAGCCAUGGCUGCUCUAGAACUCACCAACAGAAUGGUUCAGACGAUACAGGCAGCAGCGGAGACCGCUUAUGACAUGGUGUCCCCGGGCCCGAUUUCUCUUGAACCGAAACGAAUCAAAAGGUUUUCACAUCGUCACUUAGCCCAUCAGCCGGUAGACCUGAGGGAAGGAGUGGCCAAAGCUUACAGCGUCGUGAAAGAGGGUCUCACCGACACCGCUCAAACCAUUUACGAGACUGCUGCCCGGGAGCAUGAGAACAGAGGGGUGACUGGAGCGGUAGGGGAAGUCCUGCGCCAGAUCCCUCCGGCCGUGGUGAAGCCGCUCAUCGUCGCCACGGAAGCCACCUCCAACGUGCUGGGUGGAAUGCGAAACCAGAUCCGGCCGGACGUCCGUCAGGACGAGUCCCAAAAGUGGCGCCGGGGGGAAGACUGACAGCCCUGCCGCGGCUCUCGUCAAGACGCCGAGCCCGAAAAUAAGGAACGUUGCGUCCCGGCGGCAGCUUUAGGUGGAUCUUCAUCCGAUAUUAUUACGCUCAUCUCAGGAACAGAAGCAUUUCUUAGUGGCGAUCCAACAGCAAACCCUCCCGCAACCAAAAACGUACACGCAAACAUCACUGGAGUGUGUUUGGUCUUUGCUUGUAGAAGCGUCGCAACCCGCAGCUCCGUUUGGCGGUUAGACCCGGAUCUCGGCACCGUUGCGGCCGGUUCGGUGAAACGCUUUCGCGUCUUCAAAUGGCCGUGUUUCUCUUGUUGUGGCUGAGGUGUCGUUGGAAGCGGUCCCGUCUUGUACGUCUUUCGGAAGCCCUUCGUCUCUAAAAGAUUCCGUGCAAGUUGCUCCUCGUUGAAUUUUUUUUUUUUUUAAAUUUCGCAACAUCGCAGAUUAAAAGUUUGCAUUUUGGAUGUGAGCGGAAGCCGUACGAUACGAAGCCGACGAGAGUCUCAUUACUUUGAAGCUUUAGAUGUCCGGGUGGAAAAUAAGAACCCCUGUUGCAAAAUCGGACAGUGCCCAUUCGUUUGUGAGUAGCGGUUCUUCCUCCUAAUUGUCAAAUCCCCUGGGAUUUUCCGCGUAGCUCAGUGUCGCAGACAUGUUCUGUUGUGUUGCACUUUAAAUGGUUUCUCCUGUAUAUUGUAUUUGUAGAUAAUAAAAUGUAACGUGCAGAAUUCUCAUGCGAUUUGGGAACACCCAUUUUGUAGAGGGGGAUGAGUUACGGUGGAGAGUUUGGCAAAGGAAAAAAUUGGAAAUUCAGUAACUUUCAUUUGUUCAAUCAUAAGUGCAGUGCUCAUUUGCAGCAGACCAGCAUCCAUGAUUAAGCGAAUAAAGUACAGGACAUGGUAAGGAAGAGGAGAGGGGGCGAGGUUGGCUUUAGGAGGGGUCAGUCUUGGCUCUUAGGUUAACCAGAAGAACCCGAAACACACCCCCACGCUAAUUGGAAGGAAAUUUUAACGUGGUUACCGAUGUACCUUUUGAUAACUCGUCACCAAUGAAUAAAGGAUUUUAAUUUAAAGGUAAAGCUGUUCUACGUUCCCAUGUAUAUUUUCUUGAAUUGACGUGUUUGUAGAUGCACCCCUCUAUCUUAGUAUGCCAGGGUAUCUGUUACUCAAAAUUCAUUUUCGUUUACUCUUCAAGUAAAGGAGGACCUCGGUGUUAGGGGAAUUGCCGAUCAGGAACUAACAUCAGAUGAUUCCCAACAUGAGAAAAAUUAAGUAAUUGGUAAGCCUGAAGAAGACGAAUAUCACUGCUGCUUUCCAUUUUCUAUUAUUGGAGCAGGGUCUCUUAAAAUUGAAUGCCUGUUUUUAAAAUUGUAUGAUCCUUGGGGUUGGAAAAUGGAGAGUGAAUCUGUUCUGUUUUUUUUAAAAAAAACGUUCAGUUUUUCACCUGGGCAAUUACUAACUGGUUGGCACCGUUUGACCCAAGUAGGCAUAAUUUACGCUCCUUGCCGUCGUAGUUAAGCAGUAGUACUAGCUAUUCUUUAUCAUUUGGGCUAAAUCAAUUCCUUGGAAGACAUCCUGAUGUCUGUGGUAUGGGCACUGUGUAUAAGUACUCAAAUAUUAUCACUUCAUAAGUAGGAUUUAUGAUGAAAAUUUCAUGUGGCAGCGUAUAUUUGUCGUUCUAGCCUUUAAUUCUUCCAGGCUUCUCCUAUGAGGAGAUAGAGGGUCAAAUAUUGAUAUAAAAUAAAGUUCCUGCACAGAGAAGAAUACCUGCCUCAAUUAAGGCUAGUCAAUGUAAUUAUGACAAAAAUGAAUAUUUAAAGCUUCAAAACCCAUCAUUAUGUUGUCACUGACAAUUUGUGGUUGGAAUAGUGAAAUUCAUGUUUUCCAUGUCACUUUUUCAUAUUUAAAGCAAUAUUAAAGACUUGGGAUUGAAAUAAACCU